CAAACAUGUCCCUACUAAUAGCAACUUUCUUAGCCCUGCUGGCCCUCACGAAUGGCGCAGUCAUUCCCAUUGGCCUGGAACCACAAACAUCAUCGCUAGGUGGCCGGAUUGUUGGAGGCACAGCCUCUUCCAUUGAGGAUCGUCCCUGGCAGGUUUCUCUGCAGCGUUCCGGAAGUCAUUUCUGCGGUGGAUCCAUCAUCAGCAACAACAUCAUCGUGACCGCCGCCCAUUGCCUGGACACUCCGACCACGGUCUCCAAUCUCCGGAUAAGGGCUGGCUCCAAUAAGCGAACCUAUGGUGGCGUUCUCGUCGAGGUGGCUGCCAUCAAGGCACAUGAGGCAUACAACUCCAACAGCAAGAUUAACGACAUUGGAGUGGUGCGUCUGAAGACUAAGCUGACCUUUGGCUCGACCAUCAAGGCCAUUACGAUGGCCAGUGCGACGCCGGCUCACGGAUCAGCAGCUAGCAUCUCAGGCUGGGGCAAGACCUCCACCGAUGGCCCCUCGUCAGCGACGCUGCUCUUUGUGGACACGAGAAUUGUGGGCCGUUCGCAGUGUGGCAGUUCCACUUACGGAUAUGGUUCCUUCAUCAAAGCAACCAUGAUCUGUGCAGCGGCGACGAACAAGGAUGCAUGCCAGGGUGAUUCUGGUGGACCUCUGGUAUCCGGAGGCCAACUGGUGGGCGUCGUCUCCUGGGGACGAGAUUGCGCCGUCGCCAAUUAUCCCGGCGUGUAUGCCAACAUUGCCGAACUGAGAGAUUGGGUCCUUCAGGCCCAGAAGACUGUCUAGCUUUAGUUAAGCACAAUAAAAUCGCACUCAUAGUACGUAUAGUUAAACUGC